UCGAUCAGGAAGAGUGUUCAAAUUGAACAAGAGGCUGCUGCUCCAAAAAUUGUUCUCUUUACAGGACACUCACACAGAAUGAAUCUAGCGAUUGCUCUGCCGUUGGCUGAAGAUCCGCUUUCGAGUUUCAAAGUUUUGGUCACAAUACCAUCUCUCUCAAGUAGUGAAUAUUUAGAAGAUCCACGGGUAUUGAAUGUGCUCAAUAAGACGCUGUUUGUCCUCCCAAUGGAUUUCGAGUCGGAGGAGUCGAUCAAAGGAGUCCUUCGAGAGAUCAUGGAUAAUGAUGGAUUUAUUGAUGCUGUCGUCAUUACGUCAAACGUCCUUCUAAGCGGUCAAAUAGAGACACAUACUACUGACCAGGCCAAGACAAUAUUUGAUGUGAAUACGUUUUUUGUGAUCAGCAUUAUAAAGGCCGUUCUUCCGAUGAUGAAAAAGCAGCGAGAUGGUCGACUCAUCAUUGUAAGCAAUCAAGCAGGAGUGCUUGGUGUCCCUUUUCACGGUCUCUACUGUGCCUCGAAAUUUGCCCUUGAAGGGUUCAUGGAAAGUAUUGCUCCAGAAUGUCUUGCAUUCAACAUCCGUUGCUCAAUUGUUGAAACAAGUAUGAUAAAAGGUGAAGAGAAGACGGCCCAAACGAUACAAGUUUCUAUCCGGUCUAAAAUGGAAAAUGCUGAUGACCACACCAAAAAGUAUCAAGAUUCAUGUUCAGCGAAAAUGAGGAGACAAAGGUCUGUGAAAAACUUUGAUUUACGCAGAGUGACUGAACUUCUACGGGAAAUCAUACUUGAAGAGAGACCUCAUUUCCGGUACCAACUUAACAAGUCGUCAAAAGAUGCAGCUAGGGAAAAAUGGAGUGACCUACACGGAGACACCUACAUCUUCGACUCUGCUGAACAAUUUCUGUGCGUUGAAACGGAACGCCUGCGGGAUGCAUUGGAUAAUAUAAAUAGUGUUGAGAGCAAGGUAUAAUAAAGCUUGGAACGUGACCAGUUAUUCCAACACCUUAGAAGAAGAAUUCCUUCUUUCAAAUACUAGCUAUUUUUCACAUGAGUCUUUGUUCUUUGUUCUUCCAAGCUAGUUAUCGUUUUACUCGAUUAUACGUGGUCCUGCAAUAAAUGCUGCACCCGAUCAGAAGAAGACAGUGUUUUCGAGAGGAUUCUAACAGAAAAAAUUAGAAAAAUAACAACUACGGCAUAACUCGUUAAUCUACACCAUCCUUGAUAUAAUUUUUCAACAACGAGUGCGUGAGUCCAAGGUCCAGUAACAACACAGAUCUAGACACAGAGAAAACAAUGAAAGCACGAGGCCGUAGGCGAACCGCAUUGAGGUUUUUAAGUGUAUGAAUACAGCGAUGAGCCCGAGUUUUUCAUAUGGGCUACAAGAUUCUUAACUCUGCUUUAGUAAUCAGGAUAUUUUGUUUCAGGGCUCAAAUUUUCCUUGGUGUUAUGCGAGUCGUACAAAUCAAAAUGUUUCACGUUAAAUUCAUUUUUGCUUGUGUUCAGUCAUAUUUACUGGUGAAGAUGGCAGACUCCUAAAAACUAGAGAUGAUUCAAAGUUUUUAGAUUAGGUCAACAAUUUACGAAACAAAAUGGGUAACUUUAAUAUUUCACGAAUGGCGAGGAGGUCUUCGUUGAUGGGAGAAAAUGAAAUUGUAUUGUGGCCAAUACUAAUUAAAAGUAAUUUUCUUGUGUU